AUGGACGAGAAGGAUUCCACGACAACAAUUAAUUUGCCCACUUCAAGUGAUCAAAUCCUUGAAAAGUCCACAAAGGGGGCCACCUUCUUGAUGCUGGGCCAGUUAUUUACGAAGUUAAUAACUUUUUUUUUGAACAGUUUGCUGGUUAGGUUUCUAUCACCAAGAAUAUUCGGUAUCACUGCCUUCUUGGAAUUUAUUGUCAAUACUGUCUUAUUCUUCAGUCGAGAAGCAAUCAGACUGUCCACCUUAAGAAUCACUGAAGACCAUACAACAAGCUCGGUGGAGAAGACGAAGAAUUCACAAAUACUUCAGACAGCCGUUAAUUUCGCUUAUAUUCCAUUCGUAAUUGGUGUCCCAUUAUCCAUCGUAUUGACUACAUGGCAGUAUAAGAAUAUUAAUGGUUAUUUCAUUAAUUUACCAUUUUUCCAAGUAUCAAUCCUUUUAAUAUGGAUUAGUAUUAUCGUGGAACUACUGAGUGAACCAUUUUUCAUCAUCAACCAAUUCAUGUUGAAUUACUCUUCAAGAUCAAGAAUUGAAAGUCUUGCCAUUACCAUGGGAUGUAUCACCAAUUUCAUUAUUGUCGUUUCAUUUGAGAAAAACUGGUGGAACCCAAUAUUAAAAUCAAUGAUUCAUCAUAAUAAUGAGUUGAUGGAUCAAGAAGAAUUCAUGGAAGUAUCACGAGAAGGUAUUGCCAUCUUAGCUUUUGCAGUGGGUAAAUUAGUUCAUUCCUUGAUUCUUUUGUUAUGUUACUAUUGGGAUUAUUUAAUGAACUUCCAUGAAACAAAAACUUUCAGUUUGAAACUAACUAAAAUUUAUAACGAGAAUAAGUCAACAAUGACAAAGAAUUAUUAUUAUUUUCAAAAUGAUAUCUUGGAACAUUUUAAAAAGGUUUAUUUUCAAUUAUGCUUUAAGCAUUUGUUAACUGAAGGUGAUAAAUUGAUUAUUAAUUCCUUGUGUACCGUGGAAGAGCAAGGUAUUUACUCAUUAUUGUCAAACUAUGGAUCACUAGUUACAAGGCUAUUAUUUGCACCUAUUGAAGAAUCAUUAAGAUUAUUCCUAGCAAGGCUGUUAUCAAACAGAACUGCCAAAAAUCUGAAACUAUCCAUGCAAGUAUUAAUUAAUUUGACGAAAUUUUACUUCUACUUAUCUCUGUUGAUUGUCAUUUUCGGUCCAGUAAAUUCAUCGUUCCUUUUACAAUUCCUCAUUGGUUCUAAAUGGUCAACUACUUCCGUGUUGGACACGAUAAGAGUUUAUUGUUUUUAUAUCCCAUUCUUAUCUUUGAAUGGGAUCUUUGAAGCAUUCUUUCAAAGUACAGCGACAGGUGAUCAAAUCUUGAAACAUUCAUAUUUUAUGAUGGUGUUUUCAGGUGUCUUCUUACUUAAUUGUUGGAUACUUAUUGAAUUCUUAAAUUUAUCGAUUAAUGGGUUAAUUUAUGGGAAUAUCUUCAAUAUGAUUUUAAGAAUUACCUAUUGUAGUUGGUUCAUCAUUAAUUUUUACAAGAAGUUAUACAAUAGUGAAGAAAAUAUAUCAACAUCGUCAAUGAAAGAUUCUACGUUAGUCAAAGAUAAGGGUUCCAUAUUUGUUAAUUUCCGCAAUUUCAGAGUGGUCAUCAUAGUGGGACUUUGCAUCAGUACAUUUAACUGGAUUAUGAUCGGUCACGUUAAGAAUUUCCAUCAACUGUUCAUUAAUAUAGUAUUAGCCUUGAUUUUAUUUAUCACAAUUCUAUUGCAAGAGAGAACCAUACUGAAAGGCUUAUUAAGAAGGCGUAAAGUGGAUGAAUCGAAAGAAGUUUAA